CCCUAUGAAAUCGUCUGUGCAGACCAUAGGUGAAGAACAAAUUCAGAAUCCUUACACUGAGCUCCUUGUGCUAAGAGGUCAUCAAGAUAUAGUGCGAUUUCUAGUACAGAUAGAUGAAUAUCGAUUUGCAUCUGCAGGAGAUGAUGGAAUUAUAUUUUUGUGGAAUGCUCAGACUGGAGAAAAACUAUUUGAGCUACAUGGACACACACACAAAAUUACAGCUGUUACAGCCUUUCCUUCACCUAGUGCUUGUGAAGAUGAAAAAUAUUUGAUCUUAACAGCAUCUGCUGAUAGGACAGUUAUUGUUUGGGAUUGUAAUAGUGGCAGGCAAGUUCAGAAAGUAACUUCCUUCCAUUCUACUGUGAAGUGUUUGACGGUUCUUCAAAGACUGGAUGUAUGGUUGUCUGGAGGGAGUGAUCUAUGUGUUUGGAACAGAAAAUUAGAUCUCUUGUGUAAGACUAGUCAUCUUACUGAAGCAGGUGUCAGUGCUUUGGUUGAGUUGCCUAAAACCUGCAUUGCAGCGGCUGUUGGCAAGGAAUUGACCAUUUUUAGGUUGAUUGCUUCCACCAAUGAAUCAGAAAGUUGGGAUGUUAUUGAAGUGAAACGCCUGGUUGACCAUCAGGAUAACAUCCUGUCAUUGAUUAAUGUCAAUGAUUUGACUUUUGUUACUGGUUCUCAUGUGGGUGAGCUGAUAGUUUGGGAUGCAUUGGAUUGGACAAAGCAGGCAUCUGAAUGUGGCUUCUGGGAUUCCUCUCUUCACACAGACACGCAGCAGGAAAUCAAGUUAACGCAAAACCAAAAAGAAAUAUCAAUUCAAUGUCUAGCAUCUGAUGAGGAGUGUGUGUUUGCAGCUGUUGGGAAGGGAAUAUAUGUAUAUAAUCUUCAAAUGAAGCGUGUGAUUGCCUGCCAGAGAACAGCUCAUGACUCCAGUGUGCUGCACAUCGCAAAACUUCCAAACAGGCAGCUGCUAUCAUGUUCAGAGGAUGGCAGUCUUCGUAUUUGGGAGCUACGAGAAAAGCAGCAGCUUUCAGCUGAGCCUGUUCCAACAGGCUUUUUCAACAUGUGGGGAUUUGGAAGGGCCAACAAGCAAGCAAACCAAAGUGCCAAAAAGACUCAAGAAAGUUUGACUUUGUAUUCCUUGGAGCUUAUUGGUGACCUGAUUGGUCACUCAUCAGCUGUGCAGAUGUUCCUGUUCUUUGGUGAACUUGGACUGGUGACGUGCUCUGUUGACCAUCUGAUUAUUUUGUGGAAAGAUGGAGAGAGAGAGUCUCAGCUGCGCAGUCUGACAUUAUUUCAGAAACUAGAGCAAAAUGGUGAUUUGCAACUUAGGUUCUAAGUUGAUUGCUCUGCUUGCAAUGCCACUGCCAAGGACACACAAGCUACUGAGGUAGGCAGCCGCCGAUGCAUGAACUGACAGGAUUAUGAAUGCCCUCGGGGACUGUGAGCAUUGGCUGCGUGAGAUGGUGGGUCAUCUGGUUAUGAGCAGAUUCAUGGCUGUCUAGCACGAAAGGAGAUGCACUGAGUCCAAGAGGCAUUCCAAGACCCGGGAGGACUGGCAAAUAAUGACGAGGCUCCUGGCAACGAUUUUAUGCCUGUUGGUCAUUGGCCUCACUCCUGCCCCUGCCCCUGCCCCUGCCCCUGCCAGGAAGUCAUGGAGGCAGGUGCAGAUCUGUCCUUUGCCAUCCACAACUUCUCGGUCAAGCUCUGAAAGUCCACCUUAGAGCCAAGUUCUUUUACUUAGAAAUGAUUACUGCUUAGAUUGAUUUUUUUCAUGCUUUAUGCACCGUUAUGGUAGUAAAAAGAAAUUCCUGUUAUGUAGUAAUUAUGCAUCAUUAUCUUAUAAAAGUUGUUCUGUGGUUUGUUUAAUUUUGUUU